AUAUACAGUACACAUAACUACUAACAAUGGCAAUAACUGUAGCUGGACAAGAACAAAAGCAUGCCCUUCUGACAGCAUAUCUUGUGUUUUGCUUUGCUUCCUCAAAGCUUUAUGAUUUAUUUUUGGGAAACCGACAUAGGGGGAGACAAUUUAGCAAAACAGCUAACAACAAACAGAGUAGUACGGCGGUUUAGUUAACUAGGAACGACUUAGUAGGCAAUUUUUAUUUACAAUAUGAUGUUAUAGAGGCCAAAUAAAAUUAAAAAAUCAGUUGUUCAGUCUUAAUUACAUAAGAUCUAGUUUUGAGGGUAAAACGGUUGCUGCAUUCCCAAGAAAAUGAAGGAGGCAGCGAUGAGAUAAAUAUCUAGUUGCUUUUUCCACAUCCAAUAUGACGGCAACGUUGACUUACGUCUUUGGGUAAAAUGCGUAGUUGAUCUUUUAUUAUACGAUCACGGAUGUAUCUUGUUAAAUCUUCCUCCUCUCGCUUUCUUUUUUAAGACAGGAACGUGACCGUUUUAAUUAUACACAAAUCUAGACGAUAAAGCAUGAUACUAAAACAUGCCAUAUUUGCGUUCAAUUUUAUUUUUCUCUUUAUGGGGCUAAGUUUCCGGUUUCAUCUACAUCACCACCUUGCUCAUUGCGUAGAGGAAAAUCAAAAUAUGACGUUUGGCCCAGUGUUGGCCCUUCGAGUUUAAACCAUUCUAUUUGUGUUUCGUUUUGUCGUCGCCCAAUUUACGCACCAUGAGUGCUUUUGCUUUUUGUGGAGACUUUUUGCGCAGGGCGUCUGGACUCGGUAGCCAACGUCAACGUUAGCAAAGCUGCACGGCCUGCUGUGGCUCGACUAUUCACGGACUGGCCACCUUCGUACUCAGGCUCAGCACCAUGAAUUUGGUUCGUCUAGUGUGCCGCCACAAGACUGCGCUGUUCCUGUGCACUGUGUCCACUUUUGCUGUGGUCCUUGUCUUCUUGGCCAAAUGUACCUCAGAAACCCUGAAGCAAGGCCAUGCUGAUCCACCGGGCUUUGCCCCGCGUGCCAGCGCUUUACACCCCCGUCCAGAGCAGCAUGACCGAUCCGCCCUUUCCAAAGACAUGUCAGCAUUCCUCGUAGUCCUCAUCACAACUGGGCCCAAGUACACAGAGCGCAGGAGUAUCAUCCGGAGCACAUGGCUGUCCAAGCGGGAUUCAGAUGUUCUGGCCAUGUUUGUUGUAGGAACUCUGGGGCUUUCCAACGAAGACCUUCAGAACCUCAACGUAGAGCAAGGACGGCACAAGGAUCUACUCCUACUGCCUGACUUGAAAGAUUCUUAUGAGAACUUGACCAUGAAGCUACUGCACAUGUACUCCUGGCUGGACCACAAUGUGGACUUCAAAUUUGUCCUCAAAGCAGAUGAUGACACAUUCGCUCGCUUGGACCUUCUUAAAGAGGAGCUGCGCGGGAAGGAGCCCACUCGCUUGUACUGGGGUUUCUUCUCAGGCCGAGGGCGAGUCAAGACAGCUGGGAAGUGGCGGGAAAGCUCUUGGGAACUCUGCGACUACUACUUGCCCUACGCACUCGGCGGUGGCUACAUCCUGUCGUCCGACCUGGUACGAUAUGUGCAUCUUAACGCCGGCUACUUGAAGAUAUGGCAGAGUGAGGACGUGUCUUUGGGCGCAUGGCUGGCUCCGGUGGAUGUUCGUCGGACGCACGACCCGCGCUUUGACACGGAAUAUAAAUCGCGCGGUUGCAACAAUAAAUAUUUGGUGACACAUAAGCAAAGUCUGGAGGACAUGCUGGAGAAGCAUCAGAUGCUGCAGCGUGAUGGCAGGCUCUGUAAGGAGGAAGUCAAGCUGCGACUCUCAUAUGUGUACGACUGGGGUGUGCCCCCCUCGCAGUGCUGCCAAAGGAAGGAGGGCAUUCCUUAAUUUAUCUCCCUGUCACUCAGCUGAAGUCGACAUCCAGUCCCUAUUCAAGUCUUUUCUCAUUGUGUUUACACUACAAGCCCCGUUGUAGCUUUGUAUUCUCCUCAUAAAUCACCAAAUGAUUGGAUUCGAUUUGAGUGGAUAAAAAUUGAGAACAUUUGGGGAAAUGGAAGAAAGGUAUCACAAGCUGUACAAUUUUGUGGGGUAUCAUGAUGAAAGCACACAGUAUUAUAUAGGUGAUGCUUUUUUUUUUAAAAGGUAUUUCUCCUUUUCUACAAAUUAAGCGCUCUGAGAUCCUUGUGAGGAUAAGCGGAUGAUAUCCAGGAUGGAUGAUAUCCAAGUUAAGAGCCUUGUCCCAGUACACUUUUUUUUUCAUUAGUAGGCCGACUUCCGCAUACAUGUUAACUAAUAAAGCAAAUGUGACAAUUGUCUGCUAUUGGUACGACUAGUGACAUUCUAAUCUUCUAACCAACGUCAAGCACUUCUCUCUGAAAUGGGCUUUCACUUGUAUCGUGCUUUUCGCGGUUCUCAAAGCACUUUACACUUGACUCCUCACUGCCCUACUGAUGACAGGAGCAGCAACUGGGUUCAAUAUCUUGCCCAAGGACACUUCGACUUGGUUACAAGGGGCGGCAAUCGAACCUAUAACAUCUGGGUUGCGUGAUAACCACUAUGCCAGUGAGCAAUGCCGCCCCGCUAUUGGUACGAGUAGCGCCCAAUAUCAAGAGAUGGCACAGUUUUGUCUUUGUAGUAACGCAGUCCUGCCUCAAGUAUGACAAAGUUGUCCUACAAGUGAGGACAGAGAUCAUACUAGGAUGUGGACCUUAAAGCGGGCGUUUGCAUUAUUAAAACUAGGAAGAGUUUCACGAAUGAGCACGGUUGUCUAAUGCGCAGAGAACUAUCCAGCUUGCAGCAAACCGUUGGUAUCAUGACUUAAUGAAAAUUUCUGCCUUCAGUCGAAGCCUUCCUCAACCUAUGUCAAUGCAGUCCAUUGUGUUAUACAUUUCCUCCCAUUGAACAUCUUCCUAACAUUUGUACAAAUUUGUUUGACGGUCUUUCAGCCUGACGAUUCAUACAUUCCAUUAUAUUUUGUGAUUUUAAAAAAAUAUUUGUAUUUAUUGUUAAUUUAUUAUGCAGUAAGCACACUGGUUGUUAUGCCGGCAUAUGAGGAAGCACAGUGAAUUUGUAUUUCUAAAAUUAUGAUUAGAGGUCCACAAGGUUUCCUGCAAAUUGAGUGGUACAGCGUGUGAAAGACAAAAUGGUUGAAUGUGUUUUGUUCAGUUGGCCUUCUUGGUUCUUCAUGAGGUCAGUCGCAUGUGCGUAGGGUGUGAUGACAACGGACAGACCAAGCCAACACGUUUCUACAGCACUGUGCAGUAUCGUUGCUGACUACAAACUCAAUGUUAGAAAUUGUCAAGGAGACCAAUGCCAGCAGGUCAUGUUUUAUUUAUUUUUUUGGUUGUGAUUUUUCAUGUCUGAUGUUUUCUAAGUUUACAUUACUCUGUGAUCAUGUUCCAAAACAUCUAACAACUGUGAUAAUAGAGUGGAUGAUGAUAUGUUUUUAGUACUAUUUUGAACUGGUUUUGUGUUUUUGUUUUUUAAUUGUACAUCAUGCUCCCUGGAUAUGUUAUUAAAAUGUUGUUUUGUCGCAUGUA